AUGCUGUCCUUAGAUGAUGUGCUGCCCCCUCCUGGUGACAUCCAGGUCCUGUUGCUGACAUUAGAUUCUGUGUCUCUGAGCUGGAGUUCUCCUCAGGGGCUGACAGGAACACAGACAUUCAGAGUGACCUGGGGGUGUGACGGUGAAACAAGCUCAACAAGAGUGAAAGGUGGGCAUUAUCUUGAAAUAAGCAGUCUCAAACCUGGUGAAAAGUACCAGUUCAACAUGGCUACAGAGGGAGAAGAUGGAAGACAAAGCAGAUGGGUCUCAGCAUCCCUAUCCACAGUGGUCCCACCCAGAGAUUUAAAAAUAGACCAUUUGGAAGAGACCUCCUUCACUCUCCACUGGUCCAAGGCUGAAGGGAUGGAGAAAGUCCCACAGCGCUUCCUCAUAUCACACUGCAUCCCAGGAACAGACCCCCGUGCAGCCAAUACUGACCACUGCUACAAGACUUUCUCAAACCUGCAACCUGGCACAGAGUACACUGUUAGUGUUUCAACUGUGCUGAGCAAUGGGGAACAGAGUGAAUCUGUCUCUACAACAGUCUGCACUAUACUUCCUGCUCCAGACCAGCUGACUGUUGACUCAGUGGACACCACAUCAGCUAUUGUUAGCUGGAACCAGCCACCAGGAUUGGACCAAACCCAACAUCAUUACCAGAUCUCCUACCACUGUCCAGGGACAGAACCACACAUCACUACCACAUCUUCACACAGCAUCACUCUCUCUGACCUGCAAUGUGUCACUCAGUACUCUGUCACUGUCUGCACUGUGCUGGAGAAUGGAAAGCAAAGUCAACUGGUAUCAACAACCCUCACCACAAUACAUUUUCAGUGGUGGAAGAGACCCUCCAGAGUUGCUGCAGUGUGUGUUCUACUGGCUGUCAUCAUAGGCCUGUGGGAUUCCUGGUCCUGUCCUGAAGGAUGGAGAAGGUUUGGCUGCAGAUGUUACUACCUCUCUACUGAGAAGAAAACCUGGAAUGAGAGCAGACAGGACUGUCUGGAGAGAGGAGCAGAUCUGGUGAUCAUUAACAGUGAAGAGGAACAGACAUUCAUCAAUGGGUUUAAAUCAGUCAGUUAUGUCUGGAUUGGUUUGACUGAUUCUGUUACUGAGGGGACCUGGAAAUGGGUUGACGGCAACCCACUGACCACCCCAAGGUAUUGGUGGAGUGGAGAGCCUGGUGGUGGUACGUACCAGAACUGUGGGGAAAUCUAUUACAUAUCAUCAGGCCAAGGAGUAUGGAGGGAUUUGGGAUGUUCCUUUUCACAAGAAUGGAUCUGUGAGAAAUAGUCUUCUCAUAGUUACUUUCUCUGCACUGCUGAUGAAUGAACUCUCUACUGUAUGUUAAUGAUGGUCUGAAGACUGGUGGGAUUUGAUAGAAUGGUACUCUGAACUACAGGUAGGAGAGAAACGAACACAUGCACACAUUCAGACACACACACACGAAAACACUGAUCCCUCUUGGGCCAAGAGCUGACACUGAUUUUUGAAGUCGCAGGUUUGGCUACCGCGUCACGUGACCAGGAGCAACAUGACUGACUAAUGUCUGCUGCACAAGCUGACACGCAAUCAUGUAUUCAUACUGUGUGUCAAACAAUGUGUAUAAAUAGGGGUAUAACAUCUGGAAUCUACAAGGACAAGACACCUCUCUCACACCUCUACAU